AUGACUAAACGAUACAAGGAUGCAUCGAAGAUUGUUGACGAAAUGGAGACUUCAGAAUUACCGACAUUGUCCCAGAUAGCCACGUAUAAUGGCCUAGCUGAGACGAAAAGGAAGGCAUCCUGGAUGCGACGAUAUGCGGAGGCCAUUCGCGUCGAGAAGACAGGGCGAGAGGUUCAUUCGAAGCGGUUUUUCUUGAAAGGAACACAUGGUCUUACCUGUUCUAUACCAAUCCCGUGGACAGUGGACAGUGGACACAAGAUACGCAUCAAAGUGCUUGCUAAGAAGAUGAUCGAAGCAUUCGAAAUAUUGGAUGCCUUGCAAGCGCGGGUGUUCGAUCUCCAGUAUGCUCAGGAUCCAGCCUAUGAUUGGAUCAAGGAAUUCCAGAAGGGGCGUGAGAGCAGGAAUGUGGACGAUGAGGAAAGCGAUUCGGUAUCGCUGUCGACCGUACUGGACCGAUCCAAGGAUAAGGCAGGACAAGCUAUCGUGAUACCGGCGGAAGAGACUGAUGAUGAUGAUCCAAUCGAACUCUUCAUGCGAGCCGAGAAGCGGGCGUAUCUUCGAAAGUAUGAUUUCCUCCGCGGCAGCAGAGAGCGCUGGAUACAACAUACUCUCUCCGAGGAAGAUUGCACUGACCCCCACUAUCUGCGCCGAGUGAACAUCCAGCUAGACACCUUACUACAAUACACGCGGCGCAUCAUUCUGAAUGAUCCGGUACUUUUGCUGAAGGCUGAAGGCAAGGUGUCGCUGAAUGACAUGUUCCUGGAUCCAAACUUCUCUGCAGAAGACUUCAAGCGACUCGAGGAAGGACAGGGUCUUCUCCGGAGCUCAGGGAUGAUUUGGUGGAAGGAUGCAACACUGGAAGCAAUUGCAAUGUGGCCAGAGGCAGGGAAGAAGAGUACUGCAGCUAACCUUGGUGACCUCAGCAAGUCGAUCAUCUCUUCUCUGCCGUGCCGAAUUCCUCAUCAUGCUUUUUUGUGCGACUCAGAGGAUCGUUUCAAAAUUCUCGAUGGGUGGGUGUUUAAGAGUCGCCACACUCGUGAAAUGAGCAAUGAGGCUUGGUGGACAUUCCUCUCUUUCGGAGCACUCGGCAUGUACCCAGCCCCAAGCUUUUGCGAAAAACAAGGGGUUGAAUCAUAUCGAGCCCACCUUAGUAUGUGUGGGGUUGUGGUCGGUGAUUGCGUCAAUGGGGUCUCCCCCACUUUCCCUGGCCCGCUCCCGACGACUAAGCCCGCAUCCCGACGCGAUCUCAUUACCUGGGGAGAAGUGAACUGCAGAGUCUAUAUGUUUGGAGCCGUGCGCGACGAUGCCGACACGUUCACGCGAGCAUUUCUUAAGCAGCUACGUCUUCGCCCAGAUAGGUUCCUUGUCCUCACACGCUCUGAGUCGGAUCCUGGUCAGCAACUCGAACAAUUCGGAGGUGCGGCAGACGAGAUAUUCUAUCAACUACGCAUGCGGACGUUUGAAGCUCCGAUGGCGGCGAUACAUAACCCGCCUGCCGGGCACGGCCCCUGGAAUGUCACAAGGUCCGGCAGAGAUGUUCUGUAUGGCAGCGGCGAUCCGGUGCAACUAGGGGACAAGAAUCUACCUGGAAUGAAAGGAUAUCUUACAGAGCUGACAACUCCGAAGAACGAAGGCUGGCUGUUCUGGCUCAAGAAGGACCGUUUCAAGGUGAAGUACUUCGUCAUUUUGAGUGCGAAGCCACAAGGCGUUGUGAAGGACCUUGUGAGGGAUGUGGCAUGGGCGGCGCUGUGUGCAGCAGGGUUUGGUCGAGGUACUUACACGGCUAGAAAGUACAUCAGGGCAGCGGACGCACUCGGUCGCCAGCGGACCUCCCAGCUGUUGAGCUGGAUGCCACCGAGUGUCUUAUCCUACGAGUUCCAAUCAAUCGAGGAGCGACUAAAGAAGGAAGGGCUGGAAUGGUUUUUGGAUUUCUCGGAGCAAAUGGGUGUGGAUGUGUAG